CUUGUUUCCUAGUAGUAUUAUUGUUCUUCGUCAAUGUUACGCGACGCACACGUCUGUUUCUGGCAUGUCUGGAACUCUUGCCCAGUCCUCCCCUAAACAGAUGGAAGACUCCAUAGGACUUGUAGUGAUGGUGGUUUUCUGCGCGAUGCUAACGACAUAUGGGAUGCAUCAGUCUAUGAUGGGCAUGGAAGGAGGAGAUUGCCGUGAAGCAAGACAAAGUCUUGGUGGAGCAUAUCCUGACCGAAGUGGACAGAUUUUUUGAUCUAGAUCUGCGAACAUUGAAUCCUUUUCUACCAUGCCGCGUGUCCAGUACAGCCGACUGCCAAUGGCGGACAGUGCAGAGAGCAGCCCAGCCAAGGAUUCGGUGGCUUUAGACUUCAGCUCUGUACACAACUUCAAGUCUGUGUUCUCAUACAGCAAGGCUGUCCCACCUUAUCUCAAUGAAGUGAAAGAAUACAAGCCUCCAAUCCUAUCCUCUGUAUGCAGUACUGUGGUUGUUCUCUUGAGUUUUAUUUUGCUUCUCUUGACCUUUCCUGUAUCAGGAUGGGUAGCCAUAAAGAUGGUUCAGCAGUUUGAGAGGAUUGUUAUUUUCAGACUGGGUCGAAUGAAAGCACCACAAGGACCAGGAGUGGUUCUUGUCAAUCCUUUUAUUGACAAGUGGCAGAGAGUUGACAUGAGAACUAGAGCCUUCAAUGUUCCACCGCAACAACUGUUGACGUCCAAUGGCGCUGCCAUCUCAGCGGGUGCGAUAGUCUACCACCGCAUCAUGGACGUGGCGCUGUCGAUAGCUUCCAUCCAGGACAUGAACCAUGCCAUGCGGAACCUUGGGCACACCAUCCUCCUCAACCUACUCAGCUCCAGGGAGCUCUCUGCCAUCGAACGGGACAAGGCCCUCAUCAACGCCGAGAUGCAGGAUCUCAUGAACACUGCCACGUUGAACUGGGGCGUGGAAAUCAGCAGAGCAGAAAUUUCUGAGAUCACAGUGAUUCAAGACGCUAUGCCAGCUUCUGUAGACUUCCAGAAGGUGACUGGAGUCCUGGGCCAAGUUGCAGGCCAAAUGGCAGGACAGAUGGCAGCUGGAGCCAAACCUCAAAAAGGAGAGCCGCCGUCGGCCCUUGCAUCCCUCCUCUCCAUGGUAACCGCAUCACCAAACCAAACCCCUGCCCUCACCAUGGCAUCCUCCCCUAACACCUACCACCAACCACGCCUUACCGUACCCCAUUCUGUACCCGUCGCAUCAAACCUGGUGGAGCUGGGGGGUAAUGCUCCAGCCACGCCCGAACAACUCAUCCAGCUGGUCCAACCGGUAUUGGACGAGCAGCUAGUGGAAGAAGUAGGUGCGGUCUUCAAGUUCAACGUGACCGGUGCGAGCGGUGGAGUUUAUUAUCUGGAUUUAGCAAGAGGUGCAGGUCAGGUAGGUGUUGGACUACCCCCUUGCACACCCGAUGUCACCCUAACCAUGUCUAUUGAGGACAUGCGGGCCAUGUUUGAGGGAGAGCUACGCCCCGCUGUGGCCUACAUGUCGGGUCGCCUGGAGCUGGAAGGGGAUAGGAAUAUCGCCAUGACACUGGAGAAAGUCAUCGGUAGAAUACGAGAGGGCCACAGGUGAUUGGGGGAAGCUC